AUGCCCUACCGCUCCAAAGCGACCGAUUACAUAUUUAAAAAGAAGAAACGAAGAAGACCGGCGUAUUACAGCGACGUGUCGACAUCAUCAGAUGACAGUACGAGCGACAGCGCAUCGUCGAGUUCCGAAUUCGAGUUUAGAGGAAGCAAAAAACGCUGGUCGAGAAGACAGAAGAAACGCGAUGUGUUGACACCUGUCAUUUCGUACGUGACUAGGAGCGGCAGGGUCGUCUAUCAGAAGAAAAUAAAAAAGGAGAACCCGAGCGACUGGUUGGCUUUAGGAAAAAGCCCCCAGGCAAUGGCCGUCGGCAGCGCCGAAAUGACGAUGUUGAGAGGGCUGCUCGUGGCGGUGUGGUGGGCGCUAGUGUGCGCCUCCGCGGGCGCUCGGUGGGGGCGCGUCUGGGCGUGGCCCUGGCCCUGGCCCUGGGCGCCCGGCUACUACCUGGCCAGCCCGAGCCCGUCUACUUCGCGGGCUGACGCUGCUCGUGCCACUUGCCUGAUGUUUGGUGAACGCGUCAAAAGUCAUACAUAUAUCAGACACUAUGCAACAAUUGUAAACGAAAUGCACAAAACAUAUCUACACAAGAUUCGAGAG